AGGCGCCACGCCGCUCGGGGGCCCCAGCGGUGGCGGCGGCCGCGGGGCGCCCGGCCACUUCGAGGCCGCCAUGGAGAACUACGGGGACCUGCCCGCGCCCCAGGUGCCGCCCCCGCGAAGCGGCAGCGGCCAGCGGCAGCGGCCCGCAGCCGGCGGCGGGCCCGCGGAGGCCCGGGCGAGGGACGCCGCGGCGUCGCCGCCGCCGCCGCGGGCAGCGGAGCUCUACGACGAGGAGGAAGGCUCGGAAGAGGGCGACGUGCCCGAGUUCACCUGCCACUUCUGCGGCCGGCAGGACCCAAGUUUCACGCCCGAGGCACUGGACCUUCAUUACUGGCGGGAGUGCCCCAUGCUCAUCCAAUGCCAGCUCUGCGAGCAGGUCAUUGAGAUUGCGAAGAUGUACUCCCACCUCUGUGAAGAGUGCGAGGCCGGAGGCCGCGCCAGGGCGGCCGCGCGCGGCAUGCUCCCCGACGAGUGCCCGCUGUGCCGCGCCCAGCUCGGAGCCUGCGAGGAGGCGGACUGGAUGGCCCACCUGCUCGACGACGGCUGCGCGAGGAACCCGCGGGACCGCCGCAGCGGCGCCGCCGCAGACUGCCCGGGUAGGUAGGGCGGUCGCGCAGAGAGCGACGCUUCGAUCGGCCGACCGUCGAUUGUUGCCGCCGUCGGAGGAGGA